AUGAUCUGUAAUACGCUCGGUGUUCCACCCUGCAACAGAAUUCUUAAGAAAUUCUCCGUUGGCGAGAGUCGUCUCGAAAUUCAAGACUCAGUACGAGGCAAAGAUGUCUACAUCAUUCAAUCGGGUGGAGGAAAGGCCAAUGAUCACUUCGUGGAUCUUUGCAUUAUGAUCUCCGCAUGCAAAACUGGCUCUGCCAAGCGCGUCACUGUCGUCCUUCCUUUGUUUCCUUAUUCACGACAACCUGAUCUGCCAUACAACAAGAUUGGCGCACCACUUGCCAAAGGACCUGCCGACGUCAAGGGUAACUUCACUUUCGAAAGUCGACCAGCAACACCAGGUCCUUCUACUCCCCAAACACCGGGUCUCACCAACGGUAUGGACAAAUUACAAAAGAAGCUUGGCAAGGCAUCUCUCGAGCAAAUUAACACCCAAACAUCAAACGGAAUAACUCCCAGACGACAAGAUACUUCAGAUUCCAUUGCGUCUCUCACAAAUGGACGCUUGAGUGAAGGAUCAGCAACUUCCGUUACAGCUCCGCCCUUCACUACCCACGACUAUGAAAACCCUGGAUUUGUCAAUGGCCAAUCCAAGACCCUUUUCCAAGGCAAGCCGGGAUACAAACAAUGGGUUGCGCAAGCUGGCACACUCGUCGCAGAUCUUUUGACUUGCUCUGGUGCAGAUCAGGUAAUCACUAUGGAUCUUCACGAUCCUCAAUAUCAAGGAUUCUUUGAUAUUCCAGUGGACAAUUUGUAUGGCAAGCCACUCUUGAAGAGAUACAUUCAGCAAAAUAUUCCAAACUUUCAGGAUGCCAUUGUCGUAAGUCCUGAUGCUGGUGGAGCAAAGAGGGCAACUGCAAUUGCCGAUGGGCUCAACAUGGAGUUUGCAUUGAUUCAUAAGGAACGUCGACCUACCCGAAUUACCGAUCGCCAAAAUGCCACAAUGAUGCUUGUAGGCAAUGUUCGUGAUAAAGUUGCUAUACUUAUCGAUGAUUUGGCCGACACCUCGAACACAAUCACAAGAGCUGCCAAGUUGCUCAAAAAAGAGGGUGCCACUUACGUUUACGCUUUGAUAACCCACGGAGUUUUCAGUGGUGAUGCUAUCGAGCGCAUCAAUGCAUCUGCGCUGGACAAAAUCAUCGUGACAAACAGUGUUCCGCAAGAUGAACAUCGACGCCUUUGCCCAAAAUUAGAGGUCUUGGAAGUUGGCCCGGUCUUUGCCGAAGCAAUUCGUCGUGUGCACCAUGGAGAAAGCAUUUCUGUGUUGUUCAACUAUGAUUAG